AUGACAAACGGUGCGGCGUACGUCGAUGCUCAGCCCAGCCUCAUCCCUGCGCGCAUCAGCAUCCAUCACCUCCAGCUGCGCGACCUGCUCCAGCCCGCAGCGCAGCCCGACCGCGUCCUCUUUGUCAACCGCCUCAAGAUCGAACAGGCCGACUUCAACAGCCUCAAACCCCCCACCACCUACUGCACCCUCGACUUUCUCCCAAACUGCCUCACCACCUCGUGCGGACUCCUCGCCGCCGGCGGACAGCACAGCGAGCUAGCACUCCGCCCCCUUCACUCGCCCAGCUACACGCCUCAUCACCAGGUCGAUCCGGACGCCGACCGUUACCCGGCACCCUGGCUGCUCAGGACCCCCACCGGCGGAUCCAUCAACAACGCCAUCAGCAUCCAGCCCGACUCGUACGGACAGCCCUCGUCGUCUGCAUAUUCGGCUCCGCACUCGUCUUCCCGGCGGAGGAGGGAAAGGAUCCGCGUCACCCCGCAUGAUCCGUCUACCUCGUCGUCGUCCUCAAGCGCCACUAUCUGGGCGCGCGACGAACCGCGCUCCUCAUCGUCUUCCUACCCGUCCCCCUCGUCGUCCUCCCUCUCCCAGCGAUAUCCCUUGACCCACUCGGCAGGCCCUCCAUCCUGGCAGAUUCCCGAAUGCAGCGACCACGACGACGACACCGCCGCCGCCUACGGCUUCGACCCGUCGACGACCGCUUCCUACUCGUCCGGCGCGUUAUCGUCGUCGCCGUGGCGCAGCAGCACCUGGCGUCGUCCACACAACUCGACCCUGCGCGCCAACCUCGAGGCCGAGCGUCGACAUGCGGCGUCCGAGGUGGCAGCGCACGCCGGGCCCGUGAGGAUCAUGGUAAGCAACAAUGACCAAAGCAUCAAGUCGUACAAGCUGCGCCCGCCCUCGGGCUCGCCCGGGGCGGGAGGGCGCAUCGAGUCGGGCCUGCCGGGGCUGUCCAAGACCAGCACGCUCCACUUCCCCACGGCCAUCAACCACUCGUCGCUCUCUCCGGACCGUCGCACGCUGGUGGCCGUCGGCGACACGCCCGAGGUCUUUAUCUACCACGUGCGGCCCAACGGAGAGUACGACAAGGUGGCGACCUACAGCGCCUCGACGGAUGCGUCGUUUUCGACGACGUGGUCCCCCGACGGGUCCAAGUUCGCCGUGGCCAGCCAGGACGGCAUCGUGAGCGUAUGGGACGUGCGCAGCUCCUAUCCGCUCGCCUCGCUCACGACGUCGCAGGCGGGCAUGCCCGGCGGCAACGGCGCGGCGCGCGUCGUCAAGUUUUCGCCCGGCGGCGACCUGCUGGCGUUUACCGAGCACCGCAACUACUUCCACAUCGCCGACACCGUCACGUUUGCCAACGUGCAGCGCCUGCCUGCGCCCCACGCGACGCCCGGGGCCGCAUCCCUAUCGCCGCUGGUGCCGACGUCGAUAUCGGCGCUGGAUUCGGCCCACCACGAUGACGGGGGAUACUCGGAUAUGCCCUCUCCGCCGCGGAGGGGAGCGAUGGCAGCGCCCAACAUGGGUCUGCUGACGAACCCGAUGAGCGUCUCGGCGUCGGGGUCGUCGUCGUCGUCGUCGGCCUCGCCCUCGACGUCCGGUCCGAAUCGGAUGCAGAUCCUGCUCAAUGCCGCACAGGCGCACCGCGAGGCGACGACGGUGCUGGACCGCUUCCGGAUCACAUCUUCGAUCCGACCGGGAACCGAGGUGUGA